AUGGCGGACGAAUAUGGAGAUAUGAUUUACUUUGAUCCCUACGACGACGAACUCAUCAACAGCUAUCUAAUUCCCAAGUUGAAAGGUACGCUCGAAGAAACCUUCAUAUUGGACAUGGACGUUUACGCCAAGGAGCCAUGGUUGCUGCACCACACCGAGGAUCCUUUUUUCAAGAAGGACGAGUGGUACUACUUCGUCACAAGGACUCAAGUCUCUGCCAAGAACAACGGUUGUGGUAAGAAGGCGAAGCGGAAGAUCAACGAUGACAACGAUCGCGGGUGUUGGAAGGCGAACGCGAAAGAAAAUAUCAUCGACUAUAAAACAAGGAAGGUCAUUGGGGUAAAGCAAACCCUAACUUUCACUAAAAGCAACGAAAACAAGAAGAGGCAGAAGAGAGGAGACGGUACUUGUUCAUGUGCUAUUGUCCCACGCAGCAACAACAGCUGGAUUAUGACAGAGUAUAUGCUUCCGGGAGGAGAUCAGUUUCAAGAACUGGUCCUGUGCAAGAUCCACGAGAUCAAUAAGUCCAAGAAGAAGGACGAUCAUCAUGAAGCAUCAACUUGUUGCCAUCCUCAUCAUCUUGAGUCUUGUUCCUCGGAGCAGCAGCCGAUCAAUACUGAUCACGAGUCUUCUCUAGAGCAGCAGCAGACAUUAUCAUGCGGUGGUAAUGGACCCGAGAUUCCGCACCUGGAAACGACGAGAUACAUAGAUCAUAGUGGAGACGGAAACAUGGUUCAUCAAAAAGAUGCAGACUCAAAGAUCGAGAUGUUUCCAGAAAGAUCAGCAGAGAAGGAUGCACAAGCUGAAGACACGGAGUUGGAAGAUUGGAUUGCAGAUCUGAUGGACAAAUUCACAACCAAAGAGAUGGAAGCUAUUGUCAACGACGAUGUCCAACAAAUACCAGAAGAAGAUGAUCAACAACGACCACCAGUCUGCGCUCUUCCUCAAACUAGUGCUCCUCCACCUCGUCUUGGCGAUAACUCUCUACCAAUAGAAUUGGAUGACGACGAAGACGAAGCUACAACUUAUCAUCAUCAUCUUGCGUCUUUUUCCUCGCAGAAGCAGCCGAUCAAUAUAUGCAAGAUUCAAGAAAAAAAGACGGUUGUUCGAGUUCAUUCCUCCGAGCUGAUCAGUGAAGCUCAUCGUCAUGAUCCUGAGAUUCCGCGCGUAGGAUCAGAAAAGAGUGAUCAAGUGCUCAAAACUUCUCCUCUUACUGAUGAAGCAGUGAAAGAGACAAACGGGGAGGAGAGUCCUCUAGAAAGAUGCGAGAAUUUGGGAUCGGAAAAGGAUAAUCAACUUCACAUGAAUGCUCCUCUUGUUCGUCUUGGAUCAGAAGAAGAAGCCAAAACAGAUUGGCUCCAAGACUUUGUGGGUUAUGGAUCGGGUUUGCAUGUGGAAGAAGAUGAUCAAGACGUUCUGAAUUACAAUACUUCAUGGAUAGAUCCGGACUUGCUUGAUCAGUAUGCUACUCUCCGCCCCCAAGAAAGGCUCUAA